AUGCUGUUACCGUAUCGCGAGCAGCCCUCGACAAGGGGACGUCUGACGACCAUCGCAGGCAUUGUCCUCUUUUUGCAUGCAGCGUACUCUGCAUACGAAGUCUUGUCGCAGGGCAAAAGUAUCGACCUGUCAACCUCUACAACGGCAUAUGAAAGCAACGUACCGCUUGAUAUCAAAUUUGAAACUCUCGUGGCAUUUGUCGUGCUUGUGGUAGGGUGCGCUAUGACGACGCCGAAGCUCCGUCAGAUGACAUGGACCGCCCGUAUGCGCGAGACGGACAUUGAUCUUGUGGACGCACGCCCCAGCUUCGCCACUGUAUACCACCGAGGGGCGAAGCUAUUUGCUGCGCGUGACUAA